AUGCGAGGCCAGCUGGUGGGUCACCUGCACAGCGUGGAGCUGUGGCACCGGGUGGGGCUGGCCCAGUGCUCAGCAGCCAUAAACCCACUUCUAGGAACCCCGCCAAGUGGUGGGGAAGUGGACCACGUAUUUCCCGACACGGGUGGGAGCCUGCUGGCAGCCUAUGAGCAGUGGCGGGAGCGCGCGGACAGUGGAGCCUGCUGUGACUACUCCCUCCACGUGGAUGUCCCCCGCUGGCAUGAGAGCAUCAGGGAGGAGCUGGAGGCCCUGGUCAAGGACAAAGGCGUGAACUCCUUCCUGGUCUUCAUGGCAUACAAGGACAGGUACCAGUGCACCGACGGCCAGAUGUACGAGAUCUUCAGCAUCAUCCGGGACCUGGGUGCCCUGGCCCAAGUGCACGCAGAGAACGGGGACAUCGUGGAAGAGGAGCAGAAGCGGUUGCUGGAGCUUGGCAUCACCGGCCCCGAGGGCCACGUGCUCAGCCGCCCUGAGGAGGUGGAGGCCGAGGCCGUGUACCGUGCCAUCACCGUUGCCAAGCAGGCCAACUGCCCCCUGUACGUCACCAAAGUGAUGAGCAAGGGUGCGGCCGACAUGGUCGCCCAAGCCAAGCGCAGGGGGGUGGUCGUGUUUGGGGAGCCCAUCACCGCCAGCCUGGGCACCGACGGCUCGCACUACUGGAGCAAGAACUGGGCAAAGGCCGCGGCCUUCGUCACGUCCCCCCCCAUCAACCCGGACCCCACCACCGCAGACCGCCUCACCUCCCUGCUGUCCAGCGGGGACCUCCAGGUGACCGGCAGUGCCCACUGCACCUUCACCACCGCCCAGAAGGCCGUUGGCAAGGACAACUUCACGCUCAUCCCCGAGGGCACCAACGGCAUCGAGGAGCGGAUGUCUGUGGUCUGGGAGAAGUGUGUGGCCUCAGGGAAGAUGGAUGAGAAUGAGUUUGUCGCUGUGACCAGUACGAAUGCGGCCAAAAUCUUCAACAUUUACCCGAGAAAGGGGCGUGUGGCUGUGGGCUCUGACGCCGACCUGGUUAUUUGGAACCCCAGGGCCACAAAAAUCAUCUCUGCCAAGAGCCACAACCUGAACGUGGAGUACAACAUUUUUGAAGGCCUCGAGUGCCGAGGGGCCCCCACGGUGGUCGUGAGUCAGGGCAGGGUGGUGAUGGAGGACGGGAACAUGUUCGUCACCCCCGGGGCCGGCCGCUUCAUCCCUCGGAAGACGUUUCCCGACUUCGUCUACAAGAGGAUAAAGGCACGCAACCGGCUGGCGGAGAUCCACGGCGUGCCCCGAGGCCUGUACGACGGGCCUGUCCACGAGGUGAUGGUGCCUGCCAAACCGGGGGGCGGUGCCCAGGCCCGCGCAUCCUGCCCAGGGAAGAUCUCGGUCCCACCGGUGCGCAACCUGCACCAGUCGGGGUUCAGCCUGUCUGGGUCUCAGGCGGACGACCACAUUGCGCGACGCACGGCUCAGAAGAUCAUGGCGCCCCCUGGCGGACGUUCCAACAUCACCUCGCUGUCCUAG